AAAAAAAGAUUUAAGAAGAGAUGAUAAUGAAGAGAGAUUCCACACUUGCCAUGGCCUAAGAAGCAUCUCUUCCUUCCUUUCUCACUUCUCACUUCACUCUCUCUCUCCCUCUCCCUCUCCCUCUCUCCCAACCGCCGCCCAAUAUGGCGGACAGAGUCUACCCAUCAGCCAAACCCGCCGCCGCCGCCGCCAAUGCCAACGGCACUCCCACGACCGCCGGCCCCGCCGCCAACAAGCCCCAGCUCUACCGCCCCUACCGCCCGCAGCCCCCCAAACGCCGCCGCCGCCGCCGCUGCGGCCUCUGCUGCUGCUGCUUCUGGACGAUCCUGCUUCUCCUCUUCGUCGCCCUCCUCGCCGCCAUAGCCGGCGCCGCCCUCUACGUCCUCUACCACCCCCACCGCCCCGCCUUUUCCCUCUCCUCCUUCCGCACCGUCGCCCUCAACCUCACCACCGCCCCCGACGGCUCCGCCUCCCGCCUCACCACCCUCUUCAACCUCACCCUCAUCUCCAAGAACCCCAACUCCCACAUCUUCACCUUCUUCUACGACCCACUCCUCGUCUCCCUCUCCUCGGCCUCCGGCUCCGUCUUCCUGGGCAACGGCUCGAUCCCCGCGUUCGCGAGCUACCCCAAGAACCAGACGACCCUAAGGACGGUGGCGUCGGCGACCACGGAGGACGUCGACGCGGAAUCCGUCGCCUCUCUGAGGUCGGAUCUGAGGAGGAAAGCCGGGCUGGCUCUGGAAGUUCGGAUGGAGACGAAGGUGAGGGUGAAGGCCGGCGGCCGGAGGAGCAAGAAGGUCGGGAUCAGAGUCGUCUGCGGCGGGAUCAAGGGAGUGUCGGCGCCGAGGGACAAGAAUGCGACCGUCGUCGCCAACGUUGCUGACUCCGAGUGCAAGGUCGAUCUCCUGAUCAAGAUCUGGAGGUUCACGUUCUGAUCUGGACAGUUUUUGUUUUUUUUUAUAGAAUUUCUGAGGAUCAUUAACGGAUCAAUCAUGGGAUUGAUGAAAAGAAAAGGAAGAAAAAAAGAUUAGUGGAUCAAGAAAAGAAAAGGGUAAAUUUUAUCUUCCUUGCUUUUUCCGAAUUUUUAAUUUAAUUAUGUCGGUGUAAUAGGGUAUAGUUUUUCUUGCAAGUGCCGUGUGAAAGGGGAUAACAAUAUUUGUUUAUUUGCUUUUGUGGAAAUUGGAAAUUGCUUUAGAAGCCGUUGUUUUAACCCUUGACCUACAAAAAAGGGUUCAAAAAAAUAUUAAAAAAAAAUAAUCCGUUUGUAUCGAAUGUACAUGUAGCCGGUUGUCGUGCCGUGGUCGCAAUGAGAUGUGCUAUGACAUUAUUGUCGGUUGUUACGGUUGUGAAGUGUUUCUCGAACAAUUCUCCAAGGAUUGUAAUUAUUAUUUGAUCAAUAAUAUCGUGCUUUUGAGAA